AUGUAUGCGUAUGUGAAUCAAUUCUUGACUGUUCGUUCUUGCAAAGAUAAUGCUUUAUCGGCUCUCCCUUGUGGCGGCGGUGGUAGUGGGCGACAGUCUUUGAAGAAGAUUUUUCAAGUAUAUGUUAAAGCCAAAGAAUGUAGCGAACAACUCUCGCCGGAGGAUUUCUCUAUCAUACUUGGCAAACACUUCACCUUCUUCUAUGAGCAGGUCAAAGCUGCAAUCAUCAAGGUAGUGGAGAAACCAUGGGAACGAAUACACAUAGAUGGUCAACCACAUGAACACGGUUUCAAGCUUGGAUCUGAGAAGCAUACAACUGAAGUCACAGUAAAGAAAUCGGGUGCUGUCAGGGUGGAUUCUGGUAUCGAGGGUUUAGCAUUGCUGAAGACAACCCAAUCAGGUUUUGAAGGAUUUAUCAGGGAUAAAUACACAAUAUUGCCUGAAACACGGGAAAGGAUUCUGGCAACAGAAGUCACAGCAUUAUGGAGGUACUCUUUUGAGACUAUCAAAAGUAUACCAACAAAACAGUUUUACUUCCUGGAGAGAUAUACGGAUGUGAAAAAGGUUUUGGUUGACACUUUCUUCGGCCAUCCUAAAGAGGGAGUAUACAGCCCGUCUGUUCAAAGUACUCUCUAUUACAUGGCAAAGGCGGUUCUUGGCAGGUUUCCUGAUAUAUCAUCAGUUCAGCUAAAAAUGCCGAAUAUUCACUUUCUACCAGUCAAUUUAUCAAGCAAAGAAAAUCCAGUUAUUGUUAAGUUUGAGGAUGACGUAUAUUUACCAACAGAUGAACCACACGGAUCAAUCGAAGCCAGUCUGACCCGUAGACAGUCAAAGAUGUGAUUCACCACUGAAAGGCUAGAAGAAGGUUUCUAGUCUAUUUUGUUGAAUCCUCAAUAAAUAAUCAAUCAGAAAUCUUUUUCUUUUGUGCAAUAGACAUGUACAUAUGAUGAAUAACUAUUAACUUUGCGAUAAUGUCGUUGCUCUGGUGAGCAUUCCAUAUGCAACUCUUAUUAUUAUAUAUUGUAAUUCCUCCCAAUCUGGACGGAUUAUUUGCCACUUCCAUUUAGUCUGUAGUUAGUGGCUACUUAUUCUAAUGUCUUUGGAUGACCAAAAUAAUUUA